AUGGAUGAAAAGCAUCGUGUCUUCGAUGAGGAGGCCCCCGGGCCAGCCCGCCGAGGCCCCUCCCCCGCGAAGAAGCUCGCUGUGAGCGGAGUCUUGCUGCUCCUCGUUUCUUACAUGCUUCUAGGCCAAAAGAUGAAGUCGUGUGGCCAUCAAUCUAGGAAGCCUUGGGGACCGCCUCUUACGGUUGAGGAGAGGGCUCAAAAUAUCCUCAACCACAACCCACUGAUUGAUGGACACAACGAUCUUCCCAUUCUUGUGCGAGCAGUGUAUGGCAACCAUAUUUACGACAAGAAUUUCACCGAGCCCUUUGAGAACGGCGGCAUGGUUGCACAUGUGGAUCUUCCUAGACUUCGUAAGGGCCAGAACGGCGGUGCCUUCUGGAGCGUGUACACUCCCUGCCCGGCCAACGGCAGUAACUUCUCUGACGGAAAUUACGCCGAGAGCGUCCAAUGGACUCUUGACCAAAUUGACGUCAUGACCCGUAUCAAGGAAGCCUACCCCAAGGACUUCUCACCUAAUCUUGACAGCGACGAGGCAUUGGCGGCUUUCGCAAAGGGCCAGCUGAUCUCUCCUCUUGGAGUUGAGGGUCUCCAUCAGAUUGGUAACCGCGUCACCAACCUUCGCCGAUACCACGCUUUGGGCGUCCGCUACUCAACCCUCACGCACAACUGUCAUAACAAAUUUGCUGAUGCCGCGCUCCUCGAAAGUCCCUUCCGCAAGGCAGAGCCCCUUUGGAACGGUCUGAGCCCCUUGGGUCGCCAGGUCAUCCACGAGAUGAACCGCAUUGGUCUGCUUGUCGAUCUCUCGCACACCAGCGAAGAUACCCAGCGCGACGUUCUUGGUGGCAAGGGAUGGGAGGGAAGCAAGGCUCCCAUCAUGUACUCUCACAGCUCCGCCUUCAGCGUCUGCCCUCACCCGCGCAACGUCAAGGAUGACGUGCUCAAGUUGGUUAAGGAGAACAACGGAAUCGUGAUGGUCAACUUCGCUCCCGACUUCAUCUCCUGCCUCGACACUGGGAGGGAGAACGGUGUUCCCGAGUUGUACCCUGCCAAUGUGACGCUGCAUCAGGUUGUGAGACAUGUUCUUCACAUUGGCAACCUCAUCGGUUUCGACCACGUUGGAUUCGGGUCUGAUUUUGACGGCAUUGGUUCCGUCCCCAAGGGCUUGGAGGACGUUUCCAGAUAUCCCGACCUUGUUGCCGCGCUCCUCCAGGAGGGGCUUAGCGACGAAGACGCGGCCAAGGUUGUCGGCGGCAACAUCCUUCGCGUCUGGAAGGACGCUGAAGUUGUCGCCGCUAAGCUCCAGAAGGAGGGCGCACCCGUUCUGGAGGAUGACCUGCCGAAGCUGGAGUUCGAGUAA